AUGGGCACAAGCGAUGAGGUCGGACUUAAGCAGCUUUUUGUAGUUGUCUACAACGCUACCACUUCAUCAUCCUCGGCACUGGCAUUGGCUGUAUUUCGUGCUACCUCAGCUCUCAUCAUCAUCAUAGGAGCUAUUUUUGGCAACGGGCUAGUCAUUGUGGCUGUUAUGCGAUUCAAUCAGCUUCGCCGCGUGCGUACCAAUGCCUUUCUUGUGUCUUUGGCAUUCGCUGAUCUUCUUGUCGCCAUUUUCGCCAUGCCCUUUAAUGCCCUCUUACUUUUAUCUGAUGGAUACUGGCCCUUUGGCCAGAUAGUCUGCAACCUCUACAACGCCAACGACGUGUUCCUGAGCACAGCCUCCAUAGUACAUCUUUGUUGUGUCUCCACAGAUAGAUACUUGGCCAUCACGCGACCCUUCAAAUACAAGGAUCAAAUGACACGAGCGCGUAUAGCCGUUAUGUUGGUUUCUUCAUGGAUGGCUUCAUUUCUCAUAUCAUACAUCCCAAUCUGGUGUGGUUUCUAUACUACUGAUGAGAAUAUACGCGCCCAGCAAGUGAAUGCCUAUCAGUGUCUCUUCGUUGUCAAUCCCUACUAUGCGGUCGUCUCAUCAACCGUCUCGUUUUGGCUUCCUUGUUUGGUGAUGUCCGCUGUCUAUACUCGAAUAUACUUUGAGGCUCGCAGACAAGAAAGCAAGAUUAAUCGGUUACAACCUAUCUCAAGGAGAAAUUGCAUUAAUAGAGAAAGCGAUUUCAGCAUCACGGGCUCUGUAGAACCGGAUAUAAGGUCUGAUCCCUUGCAAAUAAUAUACCAAGAAUGCAUUAAUGAGAAAGUUGAAACAGGGAUGAAUAACAAUGGAGAAAAACCCUCUUAUGUAUUACCUGAUUCGACUUUUCUACUCCAAAAUAAAAAAGGUAAUUUUGAGGGUAAGAAUGACUUUGAGUCAUGUGCACCUUGCGCCAAAGAUAAUAAAUACUGUAAAUAUAAUGCAACUUGGAGAAAAAAGCAUUCACAUUCAGAAGCUAGAAGAAAGCUAACCUGCAACCAAAGUCUAUCUGGACAAGUCCGAAAUUGUUUUUUUUUACCUAUGCACAAUAUAGGUCGACGUCGGCUAAUAGAAAUGCGUACACGAUAUCUGUUGCCCAACAAUCAAGGUGCAGACUCAAGCAACCAUAAGCAGAUGGGGGCAACGAGAGCUGAAACCUCAAAGUAUAUUGAAAAAAUAGCUAAAACCAGGAGUACUGAAUUCAUAUCAAACGAAAGCAAGCAGGAAAGUACGUUUAAUAGCAUUAACACGUUGGGUAACGGCCCUCGUGAGCACAAGAGGAUACAGCGCGAAAACAAAGCAGCUAAAACGCUAGGAAUGAUAAUGGGUGCUUUUAUUCUCUGCUGGCUUCCUUUUUUUCUCUGGUAUACUGCAUCAAACCUGUGCGGCGGACAGACUACCUGCCGAACCCCUGGCAUAGUUGUCAGCAUUCUGUUCUGGAUUGGUUAUUUUAACUCUACCUUAAAUCCUAUCAUUUACGUAUUCUGUAAUCGUGAGUUUCGGAAUGCUUUCAUAUGUCUUCUUGGUUGUAGAAAAAAAAGAAUGUUCAGCUCUCCAGUCAGUGGCAUCAGUCAGUGGAACAAAACAGAUGCUCUCAGUAACCCUUUUCAUACAGUUUUAUCACAGGAUAACCAUACAUCCUUCUAG